ACGUCUCUUCACCUUUCUCGGGAACUUGUCUGGUAGUCCUUCCUUAUUUUCAGCCACAUUUAUCUGCAUCAUCCGCUGGACUUCUUGCAGUUUGUUGCUUUUGAAGAAGCCGAGAGAAACUUCCAAGGACAGAUGGCCCAGUCUCAGGAAGAUGCUCCCCUGGCAGGGAGUCUGGCAGGCAGUUCAGAAGCUCUUAUUCUCCCUGGAAGACCUGCAGGGGGCUCCAACAGCCGUGCUUUUAAGGUGGCAGGCCUGACAACCCUGGCCUGUCUGCUGCUGGCCAGCCAGGUCUUCACUGCCUACAUGGUGUUCGGCCAGAAGGAUCAGAUCCGAACCCUCCAGAAGAACAGCGAGAGACUGGGCAGACAGCUGUCACGGUCAUCCCAGGGGGGAGCUUCAAUGAGGAUGGCAAUGCCCAUGAACAGCCUUCCUCUGCUCAAAGACUUUUCAGAUGAGGACUCCACGACAACCAAGACACCCAUGAUCAAACUGCAAGACACUGUCAUCAGUGUGGAGAAGCAGGUGAAGGAUCUCAUUCAGGACUCCGAGCUGCCGCAGUUCAACGAGACCUUCCUGGUUAACCUGCGCGGCCUGAAGCAGCACAUGAAUGACAGCGAGUGGCAGAGCUUUGAGUCCUGGAUGCGUUACUGGCUGAUCUUCCAGAUGGCCCAGCAGAAGCCUCCAACCCCAACUGCUCAAUCAGCCUCUACGAUCCAGACCAAAUGCCAGCUGGAGGCUGCACCUGGUCCCGCUAAGAUCGGGUCCUACAAGCCCCAGUGUGACGAGCAGGGCCGCUACAAGCCCAUGCAGUGCUGGCACGCCACCGGCUACUGCUGGUGUGUGGACGAGAGUGGCGCAGUCAUCGAGGGCACCACCAUGCGCGGCCGCCCCGACUGCCAGAGAGGCGUAGCUCCUCGUCGCAUGAUGCUUGCACCCAGGAUGAUGCAGAAGACCCUCAGCGUUGAUGACAACUGAAAAGAGUCGGGUGCAUCUUUUCACCAAGCAAUCUUCGCACGCACGAGAAAUCAGACUUUUAAAGCUGGAUGGAACAUUAAUUCUCUUAAUUCCAUCAGUUCAUUGAUCAAUUCUUCCAUGUAAUCGCUUGAUUUUAAUUAUUUUGCUGGCAGCAUGAAAUUAAAUCAAUAGAGGCCUGUGAGUUUAUUGCUUUUCAAUAUUUUCAAUUUUUGUCUUUUGUGACAAUAUUUUUGGGGUUUCCUAUUGACAUUUUACUUUAGAUGUUCAUAUCAUCUACAGUAUAUUAAAGUAUGUGUGCAUGUUGAUCACUGUAAAGUAAUUAAAGGGUCGGUUCACCCAAAUGACAUAUUUCCCCCGUACCCCUCUCCUGGUAUCGUGGAACACAUGGAAGCAGUUCUGGUUUUAUUUGUCCGGGUUUUAAAAGGUGCAUGCGGCUUAGAAAAGAUAGAAUUAAAAAACGUAAUCAGACAGACUCUCUCCAGAAACAAUGUCCCCUGUUACUUUGAAUAAUCCAAAGAUCAGCCUGAGGACAACAACAGUUUACAUGAUGUCUCUGGAUUGUUCAGAGUAAUGGGGACACUGAUUCUGCAAAGAAAUGCUGCUGUUUAAACUUUUGAAUGUUGGAUGCUGUGAGGACCACUAAAGUAAACCUAGCUGGAGAAAUCAAACUCAAAACUAUAUGCAUGGCAUGUUUUUUGUUUGUUUAUUUUUGUGAUUUGGGUGAACGGACCGUUUAAAGGGUGUGACUGUAAGAGGAAGUGACUCACCUAUGUAGGUGUUUGUGCAAAGAAGGAUAAAUAAAGUUUUGGUAACAACACGGUUUUCAUUGUUAUAUGUUCAACUCAAUUAAUGUUCUACAGAGAUCAAAUAAAUGUUGAAGCUAUAGACUAAAUAAGGCCUAAAUAAACUUUAACCUGAUUAGAUGCA